GUAUGCGAAACUUCUGAGUUCAAAGAUGCAUUAUUUUCAUAUUGAGUGGAGAGAAAGAGUGAGUUUGUCGGAUAAUAUACAUAAAAGUUCCUAAAAAGUAUUAAUAACUACCUCGUAUAUUGUAUUAGGACGCCACGGUGUUCGUUUAAGGUUAACUAGAAUCGUAAAAAUCUAUCGUCAAAUCGAGCUAUUUCCUCAUCUAAUAAUCUGUAUUGUACCGGUCCCUACCUAGUACAAGGCGGUAUGGAUCAAAGGGAGCUGCCUUCGGACAGUGACGAGAGUGAUGAAGAUUAUGUGCCUUCAGGAGCUGAAAGCAACCCACCUUCAGAAGAAGAAUCGGAUGAAAAUGAAGCAGCCAAUGAGGACGCAAGUGAAGAGGAACCAGAAGAGAAGGGAAAACGAAAGAGAAGUUCCAAAAAGUUGAAAACCAAAACUGCUAAAAGAUUUAGGAGAAAGAAAUUGGCUCCUGAAAAUGAUGAGAAAGAAGAAGUCAAAGAAACACUGGAAGAACGAAAUGUUUUGACUGAAGAAGAAGAAAAGAAAAAGGCAGACUCCUUGUGGUCAGAUUUCCUUAAAGAUACAGGGUCAGUUUCCAAAAACAAGAAUGAUGCUUCUCUUCCAAAUGGCAAGUCUGAUAGAGAAGCAACUGUUAUGAAGCAAGAGGAAAAUAGAGAGAGAGAGAAUAAAGUGACCAUAACAAAAGUGUAUGAGUUUGCUGGAGAAGAAGUAAAGGUUACAAAGGAGGUUCCAGUUGAUUCUGUAGAAGCAAAAACAGCAGCUACAAAGCCUCAUUCAACAUCUCUCUCUCCCGCGCCUGCAGCUGGAAGAGGCCAAGGAAAGGCAAGAGGUGGAUUGUCCUCAGUGCUGGGCAUGAUAGGUAACAAGAAACAGAAAUUGGGAACUCUUGAGAAGUCCAAGCUUGAUUGGGAUCGUUUUAAGAAAGCUGAAGGUAUUGAAGAAGAACUUCAAACGCACAAUCGUGGUCGUGAUGGGUACCUUGACAAACUGGAUUUCCUGCAGAGGACUGAUAUUAGGCAAUUUGAGUUGGAGAAACAACUGAGAACAUCACGGAGAAGUAAUAGAUGAGCAUUCUACUGUAUUUAGGUGCAAAAUCUGCAUGUGUGUGCAGUGGAAUGGACCAAAUUCUUUUCCACAAAGUUCUGUCAAAGGCUGGAAUUUUCUCUCUUUAAUCAUCAGUAAUAUGUCGGCUUCUCAUCCUGAGUCCUUAGAUGUUCCUUUCAAAUGGACAUAACUUGUAAAGGCUAAUGGGAAUUAAAUUUCUGGUGAAUGUCAUAAAAUUUGAAUCCAGUGGCAUAUUUUUAUGUAUCUUGAUUAUAUUGUACAACAUCGUUACCAUAUGCCAUAGCUUUCAUAUAAUCCCAUCACCAUAGGACACUUGAUCUUCACGCUUAAUUAUUGUUCCAGUAUUAACACAGCUGUAGCUGUUAUGACAUACAUGUACAUAUUUGUGAUUUAUUUACUAGAUGGUAUACAUUCCUUGUUAAGUAUUUACAUUUUGUAAGCAUUGUCUAAGUAACUGUCAAAACAGAUCACAAUGUAUCGUAUAAAUAAAACAGUAAGUAGACAUGCAGAA